CGGUGGUCGCGGCGAGGACGAAGACGCCCCGCUGCUACUGCUGCCGCCGCCGUUCCUGCUGCUGCUGCUGCUUCGGCGACCCCUGCCAAGGGAGGAAUGGUCGGGCCCGGUUUCCUCCCAGCGCCGCGGCUGCUUCCGGGAUUCCAUCAUGGGGGACUGAGGAAGCGCAGCAGUCCCAGAGCUGGCCCGGUGGACGGCCACCUUCCCCCGAGUCUCUGCGAAGCGGCACCCGCCUCCCCAGGGAGCGGCCGACGGCGGGCGCCGGGUACAUGUUCCGGGGGGCUGAGCCCAACCCGAGCAGACCUCCGGCCGCCAGGAAGAGCUGGCAGUUCAGCAAGACUAUGGAGGAACUAGUUCAUGAUCUGGUCUCUGCACUGGAGGAAAGUUCGGAGCAGGCAAGAGGAGGCUUUGCAGAUACAGGAGACCAUUCUCGCAGUGUCUCUUGUCUUCUAAAACGCCAGGCCCGAAAGCGAAGGGGGAGGAAAAGACGUUCAUUUAACACCCAUCACCCCUGGGAGACAGGCCACUGUUUAAGUGAAGGCUCUGAUUCCAGCCUUGAGGAACCAAACAAGGAUUAUAGAGAAAACCAUGCCAAUAACAAGAAAGACCAUAGCGACUCUGAUGACCAGUUGUUACUUGCAAAACGCAGGCCGACGUCAAAUUUAAAUAACCUCAGGGGCAAAAGGCCUCUAUGGCAUGAACCUGAUUUAGCAGUUGACAAUCUAGGAAAUAGGACUCUGCGGAGGAGGCGAAAGGUGAAACGAAUGGCGGUGGAUCUACCUUCAGAAGUAACAAACACGCUGACCUUACCGCAGCAGCAGGAUAACAUUAAGGAUCAGGAAAUGGACAAUGACAACAGAUCUUGCCAACAUCAAGAACUAACCAAGAGCAAAGUUAAAAAAAGGAAACUAGCAGCAAGUCGGCAAGGACCAGACAUUUUGGAUGAAGGAGUGGUCAUUGAGAAUGAUGAAAUCAACCAGACAAGCAAGGAUAAGAUGGAAUAUGAGGAGCAAAAGGGCUCAGAUGAAAACAUGAGUGACAGUGAAUCCAGCAGCCUGAGCAGUAGUGAUGCUGGUUUGUUUACCAAUGAUGAGGGAAGACAAGGUGACGAUGAGCAGAGUGACUGGUUCCAUGAAAGUGAACCUGGAGGUGCCUGUGGGAUCACUGGGAUCAUUCCCUGGUGGGAAAAAGAAGACUCUACAGAACUGGAAAAAGAGUUGCCUGAUCCAGUCUUUGAAAGUAUCUUAACAGGCAGUUUCCCUCUGAUGUCCCACUCAGGCAAGAGAGAUUUCCAGACAAGGUUUAGUCACCUUCAUGGAAUGCCAGCAAGGAACAUCAAAAAGGCUGCUGGGAAUCUGACCACAAUGAAUACUGCUCCAGGCUCAUGCGUCAACAAGAAAGCUGCACAUUUGUCCCAGGAGUCUCAUCACCAUGACCAUUGGUUUAGCCCUGGGGCUAGGAAGGAACAUAGCCAGCUUCAACUCCUGCGGGACAACCGAUCAGAGAGAGGACACAAGAAAAACAGUUCAGUGAAAACAGCUAGCAGACAGACAAGUGUGCAUUUGGGAUCCUUAUGUAUGGGUGAUAUCAAACGAAGGAGAAAAGCCGCGCCACUGCCAGGACCCACCGGGUUUGUAGGUGAAAAUGCUCAACCGAUCUCAGAUAGCAACAUUGGCAAUAGGAUGCUCCAAAGUAUGGGCUGGACACCUGGCACAGGCCUUGGACCAGAAGGCAAAGGGAUAGCCGAACCAAUCCGAGCAAUCCAGAGGCCAAAAGGACUUGGACUUGGAUUCAGCUAACCGAAAGGCACUCCAGCUGCUGUUCAGACAAGACGACGACCAACCUUUCAACUUUGAAAUAACUAAAAACAUUCAGCUGUUCUCAGAAACAUCCAGUGAUUCUUACCGUCACUUUUGAAUACAGAAGCCUCAAUGUUUUCUAUUAAAAGCUGCAAGGGACCAGCCAUUAGGGCAGUCCUGAUGUUUGAACCCUAACUCUGUAAUGGUGCUAAUCUUUUUAAUUGUACUUUUUUAUUUUCUGUGGUCUUGACCAUUUAUAUUGUCAAAAUUCCCAAGAACUGAUUGGAUUCGUCCCGUCCCCCCCCCCCCUUUAAAGACUUGCCAACUGCACAGGUGCACCUGAGUUUUUCUUUCUCAACCCUUUCAUAGAACAGGCCACUUUUGCUCGUUUCAGUUAUAAUGGAAAGCUGCUGUGUUACUUAAUAAGAUGGUGCAGAUGCAGUAUAGUAUUUGACAUUGCUGCACAUCUCCCUUCCAUUCCAAAAAGGUCUUGGUAGAUUGUUCAUCAAGGCAGCAUAGAUGCGGAGCUGCUUUAACAGUACUCUAGUGAGGAAAGAAGGAGUGACAGAGUUCACCUUUCUAAAAGUUUGCAUCUCUGCCUCAGUGGCAGCCAGAUACAGCCUUCAUGGGCAGGGCUGCUCAUGACUCUGCCUCAUUUCAGGCCAGUUUAAUUUUAUAUUUAAUUUGAUAUACAAUAUUUGCAGAUGAGCCAACAUAAAGCACAUCUUGCUUCCCAGCAUGCAAUUUUGCAUGACAAACGCAUGACAAACGGCAAGCUUUAUUAUUCCAGGAGUUGCUGCAUGUAACUCCACCCUCCUCUCUCUCACCCUAAUACACACACCUUUUGAGUACAAUUUUAAUUGGUUGUUGCAUCUUAGGUGGUGUCAUUUUAAAAGCAAAGUUUUUAAACCAAUUGUACUGCUGUCAUUUAUCCAAUCACUGUGAAUGUGUAUCCCGACCCGUUGUUAGCUAAGUGGAUUUAAAAUGGGACAUUAGAGUCUCUGAAUUAUAGUUAUCAUUUGGGAGAUAUUUCUUAACUGGGGAAAAACAAAACACGGUGGUGACAAAGGUGGGCCAGGGUGGAGGCUUCUCAGGCACAUAUUCUUGAAAGAAGGUGAAAGGAUUUGAAACAGUCUAACAGGAAGUGCUUUAAUUUUAUCAACAGCCAUAAUUUCACACUUAAUAUUUUGGCUUGCUUCUGUGCUGACACCAAUCUCAUUAAAGAGUCCUUCUAUCACUGGA